AUGCCUAGUUGUGCCGGUUGCAUGUGGUUGGAAUGGAGGGUAAACACAAAAAGUAAUGCCACGUAUGUAACAGUUCAACGUGGAGACGAAUAUUGCUACGCUUCAGUAACGCUUCGUGCUAUGGCUGAAAGGGUGUGUGACUAUAUGCAAAACACAGAAGUUGGUCAACCACGGAAAUCAACAUUGUGUGUUUUAAUAGUGGCUGGACAAAACGAUACUUUUACCUGCACCACAUGCGAAUACGACGAAGGUCUUUCCUAUUCACUAAACCGAACAUGUCUGACAGAUCCAGGGUCAGUUUCGCUUAUUUCAAACUGUACGACAAAGUGUUACACAGCAGCCGCCUACUACGGGAACAAUCUGCGUGUCAGCAGAGGCUGUGAUAUUGACCUGGAAUUCAGCUGGACAAACGAUUGUGCAUAUUCUCAGUUUGGUGUUGUUUAUGGCGGAUAUGUCUGUACAUGUGACACCCAAGAUAAUUGUAAUUCCGACGAUACAGGGCAUUUUAGAUGCUACCAAUGUGAUUCAAGAGAAGACGAUGAUUGCUAUGCCAAUCUCAAUACGAAUCUACCUGUAGCGUGUUUGACCGGUCACACGAAGUGCAUUAUGGAGACCAUGGAACCGUAUCCAGAAACCGCUGCUCAGUACAGUGGACUAGAUAUAUAUGACUACGUCAGGCGUUAUUGCGCUGACACCGACUACGGGAAGGAAGGCAUAUUCAUAGAUUUUCACCUGGCGUCGUUACAUUGCUAUCAUUCGUGCGACACGUCAGCCUGCAACGACCAGCAAGACGGUGGUCAGCAGAUAUCGCGUGGUUGCGACUCGGCAUACAACUAUGAAUGGACAAACACGUGUAGAUAUGUAGUUGAUGGCGUAGACCUGGUGUACACAUGUACAUGUGACGUCGAUACAUGUAAUGCGGACGAUUCAGAUUAUAUGUGGUGUUAUUAUUGUGAUUCUGCCGAAGAUGACAAUUGCUACGACGUUGAAAACAAUCUCAAUCUGUUAUUACCCAGCGUUACCGGAAGUAGAUACUGCACAUUCGAAACUAUGGCACCGUACGCGGACAAGAUAUCUACUUUUGGCGAUAACCAACUGUACAACUACAUGAAGCGUUACAGCAGUGACAUCUACUAUGGCCCAGAUGGCAUAUGUGUCGAUUACAAUAACGUCGCCCUGCGUUGCUACUAUUCUUGCCACGAAGAGGGCUGUCACCAAUAUGAGGAUUACCAAUGUAUAAGUUCCAUCGACAUAAGUGAGCCAAUCAUGUGCGUGUCAUGUGACUACAACUCGGCAGCUUAUGACUACAACCGUGAAUGCCUCACCGACCCGUCGUCCAUGCCAACCACGGAAUGCAACUCCACGUGCAUUACGCGUGCAUAUUAUUUGGACGGAAAUCUUCAGAUGCACCGUGGUUGUGAUUGCAACAACAUUUAUACAGAUAUUAAAAAUGAAUGUCGGUAUACCGAAGCCGAAGGCAAAGACGACAUAUACGUAUGUACGUGUAGUGGCGAGGACCUGUGUAACAGUGACGAUUCUCACUAUCAUCAAUGUUACCAGUGCGAUUCUAGAAAUGACUUCUCUUGUUAUAGUCAGUAUUAUUUAGAUUCGCCGCAACCAUGUGUCACAGGUCACAGAGCGUGCGUAACAGAAGUCAUGGAGCCCUACGACCAGC